GUUAAAGUUUGAAUUUUGUAUUCACUGUUUGCGUUUUAUCAGAAGCCGAACGAUUUCUGUUCGAUAUUAUUAUAUCUUGGUUACAUCGUGUAUGUAAACACAAUCUCAAAUAAACAUUGAAUAAAAUGUCAGACAAGAUUCAAGUCGUUAUUCGACUACGGCCACUUAAUGAACGUGAGAAGCACAAUGGCAGUGACUUGGCUUGGCAAACCAGAGAGAAGAGAAUUAUCUCAGCUACAGAAGGAACCAAUAAUCAGUCAUAUAUGUUUGAUCGUGUUUAUGAUUGUAAUGACAUCACUGCAGACAUUUAUCAUGAAACUGUGGAACCAAUUAUUUGUGCCACUAUGGAGGGUUUCAAUGGAACCAUUUUUGCUUAUGGCCAGACUUCUUCAGGGAAAACCUACACAAUGUCUGGGUCAAAAGAAGAGAAAGGAAUAAUUCCAAUGGCAAUGCAGUCCAUGUUUGAUGCCAUCGAUAAUGCUCCAAAUCGACAGUUUCUUCUGCGAGUUUCAUACAUGGAAAUAUAUAAUGAAAAAAUCACUGAUUUGCUUGAUGUUGAAGAAAAGACACUGAAGCUAUUGGAAGAUGAGAAUCGAGUGGUUCAUGUGAGUGGGCUGAAGGAAAUGGUCUUUCAAAACAUAGAUGAUAUGUUAGCCAUUAAGAAGAAAGGAGAUUCAAGAAGACGUGUGGCUGAAACAGCCAGAAAUGAAGAGAGCUCUAGAUCACAUGCAAUAUUUUGUAUGAUUAUUGAGAGCCAAGAACGACAGGAUAAUGAUGAUGAUGAUUUAAGAGAUGAAUCUGUGCGACUUUCUUUAUUGUAUUUCAUAGAUUUAGCUGGAUCUGAAAAAUGUUCUGAAAAUACUGGUGACCGGUUCCGGGAAGGUUGUGCUAUCAAUAAAAGUCUCUCAGUUUUAGGACAAGUAAUCAGCAAACUUAGUGAUGGUAUCAGUCACCAGCAUAUUAACUACAGAGAUUCUAAGUUGACAAGAUUACUUCAGAAUGGUCUUGGAGGUAAUUCAAAGACUGCUAUUAUUUGCACUAUUAACCCAACUGCAAUUGAUGAGACACAUUCCACUCUGCGAUUUGCCAGUCGAGCCAAAACCAUAAAUAAUCAACCAAUGAUUAAUGAAAUCACAGAUGUGUCGAACAAGGCUAUUUUGAAACGCUAUCAACAGGAAAUUCACCAAUUGAAGAAGCAACUGGAAUCGUAUAAGAAACAGACUCCACAGAAGAACUUAAAUCCUUAUUAUAGAUUCAUAAGCAAUGAUUCAGAGAAAGAACAAUUGGAGAAGAAAUACCAAAAUACAAUUGACACACUGAAGAAAAUGAUAUGUGUCUCGACUUCUGAAAAUACCAAGCAAAGAAUCAUUCGGAGGAAGACAUGGUGUCCAGGACUUUUGAAGAGGAAAAUUGAAGCACCAAUAACAGAUGCUUGUAGAACUCCUGCGAGAUUUCUUGACAGCAUUGCCGAAACCUCACUGUCUGAUGAUGAGAGCAAAACUACUGAUACCAGUAAUAACUUGAAGCGUAUUUCCAAUGGCAAACCUCUAGUUAACUAUGUCAGCUGUUCUGUCCAAACAGAAUGUAAAAAUGAAAAUGAACAUUUCCUGAGGUUUGAAAAUGAAAUGUUAAAGAAUAUGUUAACAAUGAAAGAAAAUGAGUCUCAUAUGCCCAGCCCAACUAAAAAACCUCGCCUCUCUGUCCCUGAUCACGAUGAAACCAAGGAAUUCCUUGAGUUGGAGUUACAGUGUGUCAACGAUGGAAUCAAAUUGAGUGUGGAAGAGGAAAAGAUUGAAAAGGAGAGACAAAGGCUGAAAGAAGAAAAAACGAAUCAUGACAGAGAAGUGAAAGCUUUCAUUGACUCAAAAACAGAUCUGAUGCAAAAAGUGCAAAGUACAGAAAUUGAAAAUAUGUACUUGCUGUCUAAACUGCAAAAUAGUCAAGAACGUGUGAAGAGCCUUGAAGAAGAGCUUCAGCAUGCACAAAGAUCUAGUUUGUUAGAUACUAGCUGUUGUAGUAAUUCUGGAGAUAGGCCGUUACUGAAUCUAAGCAACAUCACUAGUCGUUCAGCUUCACGAUCUGCACGUAUAGCAGACUAUAACCUGCUUAAUGAUCAAAUAUUUAAUUUGGAGUCCCAAGUCCAAAUUUUGGAAAGCCAGGUUCAGAAACUGUCUCAUGAUCUUCAAUUGGCAAAAGAGCAAAUCUUAUCUAAAUCUGAAGAAAUAACUUUCUUAUCAUCGGAAAAUAAUGAACAAAAACUAGAACUUAAUAAAUUGAUUGCAGAAAAUGACAAACUUAAUCAACUUGUUCAGGACAAAACGCCUGUUUUUGAGCAUAAAGAAUACAUCGACUUGAAGACACAACUUAAUAAAGUUAUGCAAGAUAAUGAAAAAUUGAACUACAAACUAAAACUCAAAGCAGAAGAACUAACAUAUUUAUCAAGAGCAUCAGUGGAUCAGCAAGUGCAAUUAGAUGAUAAAAUUCCUGAAUUAAGUACUUCUGAAGAAAGUAAAACACCAGAAGAUAACAAUGAUGUUCUUUCUGAACUUCAAGAACAAUUAGCAGCAACAAUUAGAGAAAAGGAGAAAAUUGCACUUGAACUUGCAAUAAAAGGUGAAGAAUGUACAAAAUUGCAAGAAAAUGUGGAGAUUGCUCAUCUUGUUGUUUUAGAAAUGAAAAAAUCUUUGAAAGAAACCAGAGAACACUUACUAGCUCAAAAAGAUGUAGAUCUUUCACAAAUCGAACAGUUAGAUACCAGCAUCAGAAAAUCUAUGAGCUUAAACUCUGCUGAUAGGAGUCAAUGGAAAUCCGUUUCAAUUGUUCAUCAAGUUAACUUGAAAGAUAAUGAUAAGGAUGAUUCUGAUGUCCUAAUUACGUCUCUUGAAGAUUAUGACUCAAGUGAUAUUUCUGACUUAGCAUCCAAAAGUCAGCUUCUUGAAUGCCAAACAAGUCUAGAUAAGAAAAUUCAAGAAUGUCAUUCUUUGAAGGAUGAAAUUAAUUCUCUGAAAAAAGAAGUUGAAAUUAAAACUAAAGAAUGUUCAUCACUCAAAAUUAAAUUAGAAUCCUUUGAAAGUGUAAGUGAAGUGAGGUCCAACCCUAUUAUUGUUAGUCAACAGAAUUCCAAUGAAUCUGAUUCUGAGCUAGAAAGGCUCAAACAUGGAAGUGGAGAGCUUGUUGAAGAUGAGAAUCUACAGAUACAGAAUAAUUUGCAUCAGUUAAAUUCAUUGGCAAGAGACUGUACACUUGACAAACAAGAAUAUGACUACCUGAAAGGAGAGUUGCUUUCAAACAAAGCAGAAUUAGAGGCUAAAAGACAACAAUGUGAAGAUUUGGUUGAACAAUUAAGCGAAAUGAAGUCAAAAUUCUCUGAUUAUAAAACACAAAAAGAUAAGGAAAUAGAAGCCUUGCAAUGUUCUUUACAAAGAUUAGAAUCCAAAGCUCUAGAAUAUGAUGUACUUGUUGAAGAAAUUGGAAGAUCAGAGGGUGAGAGUAAAGAGAAGGCAGAUAUUAUCUUGUUGAAAAGUGAACUUUCUCAUAAAACGAAAGAGUUGAAUGAUCUGAAAGAGAAACAUAAAUUACUAUUUGAAUCGUCGGAAUCUAAGAUCCAAAAUUUUGCCGCUUUGGAGAAAGAAAUAAGAGAUUUUAAUAUAUUAGAUGCAGAGCAAGAAGAACAGCUGUUUUCUGCUGAUGUAAAUCUUCAAUCUGCCAAACAAGAAAUUUGUGAUGGACUAGAGCUAAAUUUAUCUCAUUCAGGAUAUAUUGAUAAUAUACAACCAAAUUCUUUUGACAUCAAUGAAGAUGACAUUAUAGAACUCAGAAAAGAAUUAAAAUCAAAACUGACUUACAUUAAUGAACUGAAGAGAGAUAAUUCUAAUUUGAAAGACUCAUUAGAGAGACUUACUGCUGAGAAUGCUGGUUUUAUCAGUCUUGACAGUAAAUUGAAUGUUUGUCAAAAAGAACUGCAAUCCAAGGUUGAUGAAUGCCAUAAUUUAGCUGCAGAACUUGAUCUUAGGGCACAGGAUAGUGAAAUGAUAAAGGAACUUGAAGAGAACCUUUCUGCCAAAUCACAAGAGUGCUUAUUUCUCUCCAAAGAAUUGUCUUUACUGAAAGAAAGAAAGAUGGAUGAUAAUGAAAGAGUAACAGAGCUUCCUGAAAUUAAAGAAAGUGAGAUGGAUGAAUUAAAAGAAAUUGAAGAAAAGUUAUCUGCUAAAUCACAAGAAUGUUUAGUGCAUUCCAGAGAAUUCUCUGAGCUUGAAGGUAGAAAUAUAGAGCUGAACAAGACAGUAAAAGAACUGGAAGAGGAAUUGUCUGAGAAAUCACAAGAAUGUUUAGCGCUUAGCAAAGUAUUGUCGGAGCUUAAACAAAAAAAUAUGGAGGAGAGUAUAACAGUGAAGGAACUAGAAGAGAAAUUGUCUGAAAAGUCAGAAGAAUGUUCAGCUCUUUUCAAAGAAUUGUCUGAACUUAAGGAUGGAAAAAUGGAGGAGAGUGUAACAGUAAAGGAACUAGAAGAGAAAUUGUCUGAGAAGUCAGAAGAAUGUUUAGCACAUUCCAGAGAAUUGUCUGAGCUUCAAGCUGGGGAAAUGAAAACUGAGAAGCACUUUGCAUGUGAGCUUGAACAAAAACGUAAAGAACAAAUUGAGCUGACCAAUGAAUUAGCUGCUUUCAAACAAGACAAAGAAAAUCAAAUUAAUGAUUUGGAAAAGCAGCUUAUGGUUAAGACCCAAGAAUAUAACUCUCUUUCUGAAAACCUCAAGUCAUUAGAAAUAACUCAUUCUGGUAUACAGUCGGAUCUCAAGAAGGAAUUGGAAGAGAAGUGUCAACUCUAUGAAUGUCAGUCCAAUGAAUUGGAUACUAUUCUUCAGAAAUAUUCCAGUCUUCAAGGCUCAUUGUUAGAGCUGAAGAGUGACAUUGCAAAGAAAUAUAAUGAAAUUAAGGACAAAGACUUAGAAAUUGAAGAACUUCGACAUCAAGCAUUAUGUCUACAGUCUCAACUGACAAAAAAAGAUCAGUUGCAUGUGACACCUGGAUCUAAUAAUGAAUCAAUGAACAAAGAAUCUAGUGAAAUAAAAGAAGAGAUCUCAAAUAAUUCAACCAUCCAAAAACCGAACAAUUCUGGAGUAUACAAUGACUCUACUGAUGUUCAGAAUCUACUUAAAGAAAAAGUUCAAGAAUGUAGUUUUCUAACAGAUAAGUUGGAAAAUUUGGAGAAGAAUAUUCAAGAGAAGACAGAAAUGCUGAAAAAACUGAAACGUGAAAAGAUAUUGCAGUCCGAAAAGUUGGAAAAGUAUGAAUGGAAAGCUGAAAAGGCUGAAUUCUUCCGCAAAAAAUUUGAAGAUCAAAUGAACAAAACAAGUUGCCUUGAGGAUGAACUUGAAAAGCAGAAAGAGAUGUGUACACUUCCCAGUGACAGCCAUCUUUCCAGCAAAUCUAACAUCCAUGAAUGUAGUAAUUGUGCUGCAAUGGCAAAUCAAAUAAGAGAAGCUGAACAAAAGCAAUGUCAUGUGAUCACGUGUUUACAAACUGAGAUUAAGAAUUUUACGUCCGAAAUCGAAGAACUCAGCAAGGAAAAUGGCCUUUUUAAAGAAACUAUACACAAACUGCAAACAGAGACGAUGAGUGAAAAACAAAAUUGUACUACCAAUAUGGAAUCAAAAGGCAAAGGUGUGAAUACAGAUGAUGUAGAAGAUCUGAGGAAGCAAUUAUCCGAUAAGUUCAUGAGUUUAGCACGGGCUGAAGCCACGAACAAAAUUUCUAAAUUACACUUCAGCAAACUUGAAAGUUCUUACAAAGAAACCAUUUCUAUCUUGGAGGACAAAAUCAAAUACUUACAAGAAGAGCUGCGACGAGCUCAAGUGAAUUCAGAUGAGAAUACAAUAAGCAUCAAAAGGGAAGUCCCUGCAAAACCAUCCAGUCCACAUAAAUCGAAUGUGAUCCCAUCACGUGGCGUUGUUGACCAGCUGGCUAUUGUCACACUGGAGGCCGAAAAGGCAAAACUUCACCGCAAAUUAGAGACUCUACAGCAGAAGCUUCUGAAUUCAUUGAAGAAUAAUGAAGACCUGAAGAAGGAAUUAUCAGUUCACAAAAAUGUUGCCAUCACAAAGAAGUUAGCUGUUGUAAAUAAGUCGACUGGUACUGAAAGGUGUGAAGCAGCUGAAUCACCAGUGAACAUAAAACCGCCUUUGACUCCAUCUAGAAGUAUGAAAGAUGAUUGUAAAAGCCAAUAAAACCAUUUUGGUCACCUGUAAGAAAUUCAUAAGAUGGUGAGCUGGCAGCAUUGGACAAAAUGUGUUGUAACAUUUCUCCCAGUUCAUUACAUUCUGAUUUCAAAUCCUGCCGAGGUCAGCUUUGCCUUUCCUCUCUUUGGACUAAAUAAAGUAAAGGGGUUGAUGUAACCAACUUCCCCUCAAAAUUACGGGCCUCAAGACUUUUAACGGACUGCUGUUCCAUCCGGUGGGUAUACUAAUUCAGCGGGUUUUUAGCCCACUAAUUUAAGGUACUACUGGUGAACAGUGGUCCCGGUGCACGCACACGUGCAGUUGCGCAUCCGCGCUAGCUAGUCAUAAGGAGUUGAUCCUAUGACUUGCGCGUAUGCAAAUGGAUAGAUUCGCCCAUGCGCGAUUAAAACGCAAAGUGAAUAAUUUUUGUUAAUAAAUUAUUUUUUACAAACAAA